AUGUUUAGCAAUAUCCAAGAUGGCUACUCAUGCAUCAAGGUGUGCAAUAACGAGGACGCCAGAUGUCUUGGAAAUCACACCAAAGAGAUCCUCUAUCAGUUCCGAGCUCUCCCGUCUACGAGCUUUGUUAAGUACCCCAUUGAGGUGUCUAGGAUUCGUACACAUAUGGAUACACCAUUCUCGGUCGAUUACAGCCUUGACACUAUCGGGAUGCGAUAUUUUAUUGUGGAACAGGAUAGGAACAUUGGAAUAGUUAAACUCGCAAAGCCGUUGGCUGGGCCGACCACACAACGAAUCCGUGUGAACAUUCAUACAAAGUCGAGGACGGGCGUUAUCCUUGCCUACAAUGUCGCGAUUAUUGAAGUUCAUGUGUCACGGUACUAUUUUUGA